UUGAUUGGUUAUUUUAGACCGAUAUCACCAUUAAAAGUCUAAAUCAAUAAAACUUCGUUAAAGUCCCUUGAUUAGAGGGAAGUUAAAAGGGAUUUGAAAACAAUCAUUCUCCACUUCCCCCUACUUCUUCCUCCAGCAGCAGAGAACUCUGCUGCUUUCCCAUCUUCGUCCUCAUAAAUACGUGGAGAGAGAGAGAGAGAGAGAGAGGUUUUAAAGAGGUUCACGGUUCUCGCAUGUGAAGAAGAAAUACCUCGAUCAUUGAUUCAAUAUUCGUAUAAAUGAGUAAAAAAGUUGCAAACAUCUGAAAUUUUCCUGUCAAGAAGUGAGAGGAACUGAGGAAGUGGGUUUUGAGAGAGAAGCAGAAUGGACGGUGUAGAUAGAGGGAGAGGCCUGUGGAGGAACCUGAAGCAACGGUUGGGAUUUGGGUUUUGUGGGUCCUCUUGGGAUCUCGAACCAUCAUCCAUCAUGAAUCUCAGAGAAGAUGAUGACGAUCCUCUCGAAGUAGAACAAGAACAAGGACCGGUCACCGGUCAGAUCCCGGCUCAGACCGGCCCAGCUCAGCCUUGCGUCGGCAUGAACCUGGCGGCGGCGCUGGCGGCGGAGCGCAACACGCGGCCGGAGGGUCCCGCUUUGGGGACGCCGGCUUUGACUACGUUCAGGACGUUGAUGAGAUUGUUCGAAGAAACGGACGGCGAGGAUCGAAGGAAGAGGAGGAGGGACAAGGAUGGAAGUGGAGGAGGGGGGAUUGAUGCGGUGUGCUGCGUGUGCAUGGAGAGGAGUAAGGGUGCGGCUUUUAUCCCGUGUGGGCAUACGUACUGUAGGGUUUGUUCUCGGGAGGUGUGGCUGAAUCGUGGGUCGUGUCCGCUCUGUAACCGUUCGAUUACCGAGGUCCUUGAUAUCUUCUAGAAAAUCACCGACACCUCCAUUUUUGACUUUCUUUUGCAGCCAAAUGGGGCAAUGUAUUUUCCGUAGUAAUAAUUUAUCGUUCUAAUUUUUCGCUGUUAUUGGUCUGAAUUACGACCAUUUUAAUUACUUGAAGGGUUUAAGUUUUUGAGCUUGGCCUCGUUCCGCUAAGAUUA